CCGUAACUAACAGUCGCUAGCAGAACGGCUAUCCCUUAGCUGGUCCUUGUUGUUAGCUUUGGAAACCAGUCAUCAAGGAGCUUCAACAAACACUUCUUCUUAAAACUAAACGCCGAGGAGCCACUCUUACAGCAAAGGGGAACAAAACGAAAGUCAACAUGUGCUCGGUUGUUGGAUGUUAUUCGGGACAUAUCGGUGUGCAAAGGUUCAAGUUACCAGAAGAUCCAGACAGGAGGUUUGAGUGGGUUCAGUUCCUCUUCGAAGUAAAUGAACAAAGAUUUAAAGAGUCAGACUGGACUGAUAUAACCAUCUGCCGGGCGCACUUUACUAAAGACUGUUUUGUCAAACCGACUUCUAAGAAUGGCACGGCUCAGCUCAAGUACAGUGCAGUCCCAUCUCUGUUUAUCAAGGCGAACACAGACGAGGCUCCGGAGGACCCACAGGCACAGGAAACGGCGUCAGACGAAGACGUUUUCUCUGAAACUGAUACUUUAAAUGGUAAAGAAGGCCAUACCUCGGAAGAAGAAGAGGAAGACGACCAAGACCGGGCGAGUUCAGAUGAGGAUUGGAAUCCGACGGAUGAUUUUUUGCCUGUAAAGGCGUCUGAAGAAGAGAGCGAAGAGGAAGAAGAAGAAGAAGAAGAAGAAGAAGAUGAUGAAGAAGAAUAUGAUUACCGAUGGGGCCUCAGAAUUAAUGAGCUCUGCACAGAGUGUGGUAGUUUUUAUAGUCAAAAGCCUCACACAUGUGAGCACAAAAUUAAACCCUUCUCCUGUAACAUUUGCGGGAAAAGAUGUGUCAACGAGAUUUCUCUGAAAAGUCAUAGCAGGAUCCACGAUGAAACCUACGAACAUCCGUGUAAAUACUGCAAUGUUACUUUCAAAACGAGGAUGGACAAACUGAACCACGAGCAGUUUCACCAAGUUAACAAUGAUCCCUACAAAUGUCCCGACUGUCCAAAGACAUUUACCACCCGUAAAGAACGAAACGAGCACCUGUCAAAUCACAGAACCCCGGAUGUAAUCCAAUGUGGAAUUUGCGGGAUUGAAUUUAGUCAAAUACAUCAUCUUCAGAGACACUCUGUUGUGCACACAGGACUGAAACCGUACAAGUGCUCAGUUUGUGAACGCGGCUUCAACCAGGCAAGCAACCUGAAGUCUCACAUGCGUCUUCACACAGGAGAGAGGCCUUUUAAGUGCCAGCAUUGUGACAAAUGCUUCAAUCACAACGUGAGUUUGAAGAGUCAUGUCCAGCGUUACCACACAUCGAGCUCGGGGCCUGAUCGUAACAAAAGGAAGAAAGUCAAAAGGGAAAGUGAGGCUGCUGAUGCUGAAGACAAUGGAAAUCAAAUAGACUCGGAAUCUGAGGUAGACAAUGUAGAAGGAGGGCACGAUACAGGAGAGGAGGUGCAGAAGGUACAGAUAAAAAAAGCACCAAAAAGUAAAAAGAGGACCACGGGUAGACCCAGAGGACGGCCAAAAGCUGGAGGUUUAAACAAUAAGCCGACAAAAACAAAUUUGCAGAAGUCAAAUAAAACGGUUUCGAGCACUGAGAAAAUUGAGGAUGAGAAGUCAGACAGUGAUGUAUCCUUUGACUUAGAAGAAGAAGAAGAAGAAGAAGAAGAAGGCGGACCAAUGAGGAAGAGUAAAGGGGGAUCAAGAGGAGGACCAAAGGAGGACAUUGACUCUGAUUUUGACCCAGAAGAAGUGACGAAGAAAAGGAGGUACAGCAAUGAGAGCAGUGGGAAGAACUCGGGUAAACAUGAGGCAGAGCAAAGAAAAAUCAAGAGGUCUAAAAGAUAACAAAUGUAUAGGUGAUUAAAAUCAGAGGUCUGUAGAGAACUGAAUCAUGAACUCAACUAGGUAUAACAAUUGAACAGUUUGAGAUGUGAGAAACAUGACAUCCAUGUAUUCCAGCGUCCCUAUGAACUAUACUGUACUUUUAUGUAAAUACUUCAAACAGUUUUCAAACAGUUUUUAACCUGUUGUCUGCUUUGUAGAUCACAGAACUAAAACUUGGUAAAAGUGGAUUAACAGUGCUCAAGAGCUACAUUUCAAACUUUGUUUUAGGGGUAUUACUGUUUUUGGGGAAACAUGUUCUCUAAUCUUGUUGUUUAUGAAAUGGCAGUUUCUUAAUAAUAAAACCC